AGCAGCGCGCUCCCUCAGUGGUCUCUCUCCCUCUCUCUCUCUCUCUCCCUCUCUCUCUCUCUCUCUCUCUCUCUCUCUCUCAGAGUUUGCAGUGUUUGCGUUGCGGGGGAAGCAGCGGGCGGAGGUUGGACCUGUGACAAUGUUCGACCUGAAGAAGAGGAACAGUCUGACCCUGAACAGCAGCCGGGAGCCGGAGGAGUUCAGGCGAGUGGCGGUCAGACGGAAGGUCAGAGGGGCCGAGGUGGACUGCCUCACCUCCCAGACAGUGAGCAAUGGGGUGUGUGGCUCGUACAGCUGUGGGCAUGCUUGUGACAGAGUCUGUGGACCAGAGCCAAAGUUGGAAGACAACAAAACAAGCCCAGCGAGAAGAUCUCCUUUCAAACCACAAUUGCCUCCCAAACCAGAUUACCUGCGGAGCCCUGUGAGGGUAGGACAAGACCAAGCCCACAGUCCCACUACAGGAAAAUUAACACCUCGACAAGCUAACGACACCGAGGAGGACUGUAGUCCUAACAGGAGUUAUGGAAUUUCAGUUUCCGGUGUCAGCCAAGCACAGAACUGUCUGAGCUCCCCAAGUCCUGGUAGAGGCCAAGGGAGCUCUCUUUUGAAUGGCGUAUCAGGAGCACAGGUCACCCCUGCCAGACAUGCUCAGAGGAUUCCAAAAUUUGCAAGCAGUCCAGUGUUAGGAUCCCCAAGUCCAGGCAAACGAAGCAUCAAGAACUUGAGCCCACUGAGGGAAGGAGGGCACAGCCCUGCCAAGUUAUCCCCAAGAAACCCUAGCCCUCUCACAGGAAAACUGCGGACACCCAGUCCUGUUCAGGGGAGAACAGGGUGCUACAGCCCCGCCAAGAACUCUAAAUCCUGGCUAGGACUGCACAGAAUCCCGAGCUGCAAGAUGGAAGGACAGGGGAAGAAGACGGGGAAAUCCUUAAGUGUGCCUGACCUGAUCUUUUACUUGGAUGAGAGCAGGAAUCCCACCGAAAACGCUGACCGUUCUCCAUUGAAACAGCUCCAAUCACAGAACUGCAUUGGGCCUGCCAUCACCAUCCAAGCGCCUUCUAACCAUAGACUCAAUCAUACCACAAGUGGAGGCCAUCUACUAAGCAAUGGCAGAGAGCAUUCCCCCGAUCAAAUUAAUGGAACAGCGCAAGAGAAAGAGUUGCCAAUAGUAAAUGGGAGGCAAAUAAAUGACAACCUGGAGCAAGGCCAAGCACCCGUAGGGUAUGGCUCAAAGUUUUCCUGCCAAUGGAAUGAGGCCACUGCAGAAGAUGGGAGAAUCCAUGAGGGGUGUACAGGUGGACAAAACGAGGAUGACAAGAGGAAGGAGAGAGGAGGAAAAGAGCCAAAUGACGAAGAGAACACGGAGCAGAAAUUGUACAAGAUAGCCAAUGAGCUUCUGCAGACAGAGAGGGCCUACGUCGCUCGCCUCCACCUGCUAGACCAGGUGUUCUGCUCACGCCUAACAGAGGAGGCAGGUCGGGGCUCAUUUCCUGCGGAGGUGAUAAAAAACAUUUUCUCCAACAUUUCCUCCAUCUACUCAUUCCACAGCCAGUUCCUCCUACCUGACCUGGAAACGUGCAUCGCCCACUGGUGUGCGAGGCCGGGCCUGGGUAACGUUCUGCUGCAACACGCCCCCUUCCUGAGGAUGUAUGCGGACUACGUCAGGAACUUUGACCAGGCCGUGGAGAUGGUGAGGACGUGGACGGAGCGCUCCUCUGCUUUCAGAAACAUCAUCCAGGACAUUCAGAGUCAGGAGGCGUGUGGCAGUCUGACCCUGCAACACCACAUGCUGGAGCCGGUUCAGAGGGUUCCACGUUAUGAAAUGCUGCUGAGGGAUUAUCUCAAGAAACUGCCUGAGGAUAACCCAGACUAUGAGUUUGCUCGCAAAUCCUUGCAGACUAUUUCCAUGGCAGCGACCCACUCCAACACCGCCAUCCACAAAGCUGAGAGCCGUAAGCGGCUGCUGGAAAUCUAUGAGAUGGUCGGGGAGGAGGAAGUGGUCAAUCCGACCAAUGAGCUUCUCAGGGAGGGUCGCCUGCUCAAGCUUGCCGCCAGGAACACAUCUGCCAUGGAGAGACACCUAUUCCUGUUCAACAACUUCCUGCUGUGCUGCACGCCGAAGUUCAGCUUAGUUGGGCAGCGCUUUACUGUUCGGUGCAGGAUCGGAGUGGAUGGCAUGCAGGUGCACCAGACCACCAAUGAAGACCACCCGUACACCUUUCAGGUCUCUGGAAAGGAGAAGACCCUUGAGCUGCAGGCCAGCUCUGAACAAGACCAAGAUGAGUGGAUUAAGGUGAUUCAGGAAGCCGUUGACGUGUUUCAGAAGAAAAAUGAAACCUUCAAAUUGGCUUCUAAGGAGCUGAAUAUCGAAGAACCAGCGGAGGAACUGGGCCGACGAGCCCCACGCUGGAUCAGGGACAACGCGGUGACCGUGUGUAUGAAAUGCCAGGAGCCUUUCAACGCACUCACGAGGAGAAGACAUCACUGUCGGGCCUGUGGCUGCGUGGUGUGUGGGAAGUGUUCAGACAACAAAGUGGCUCUGGAGUAUGAUGGUAACAAGCUGAACAAAGUGUGCAAACCCUGUUACUCCAAACUGACUGGUCAGAGGGGGGACAGGGUGGAGGGCAGAAUACUGGAGUCUGAAGCACCUCCAGGGUCUAGUGACUUUGUGAUGAGUGGUUUCCUGCAGUACGGUGACAACACCAAGACCUGGCAACGAGUGUGGUCUGUUAUCACAAGGACUGAGCCUCCGGUUCUCUUUCUGUACGCCAUUCCACAGGAUGUGAAGCUCCAGCUCAGUAUACCUCUGACUGGAUGCAGCGUGGACGAUUCCCCUCAGGAGCUGCAGGGUCAGCCUGGUUUUAAGUUGUGUCAGAGUAGAACCACCCACACGUUCUCCUGCGAUGGUCUGGACCUGAAGCGGCGCUGGCUGGCUGUUCUGAAAGUUGCCGCAACAGUGGGGAUGCCAGCGUGCUCGCCGACAGGCCCCGUCAUCACCACCAAUGGCUCCAGAUGUGGCAUUAAUGGCAACAUCAGCGAUGGGAGUGUCUCCAGUGGUGAGGAAUUCAUUGUCAAUGGCAAUAAGGAAAACUACUCCUGAAGGUCAAGGCACUGUGGGAAGUACACGAACUUACAAUAACAGAUGAACCGUCUUCAUUGAUGUUAAAGACAAUGGCUUUGAGCGAGAUAUUUUAAAUAAAUGAAAUCUAGAAGUGAAAUUCAGAAAUGAGAGCUGAUUUCUUUACAAGUGGCUGUGCACUUUAUUUCUGAAAUGAUUUACAGUAAAAUAAAUAAAGUGAAAGUGUUUUAACAUCA